UGUUACAUAAAUACUCGGUCCAUCUUCAAAGUUCAACAGCUUUUUGUAGUUGAUUCACAGUGCAAAAACAUGAAGCUAUUGUUAUGGCGUUGGUAUCCACUCUCUUCUUCAAGAAUCAAGAGUGGACGAAAUUGGGUGUGCAAAACAAGUCCCAUAAAUAUUAUCCGUAAAAGGCCCAAACGAUUUCUGAACAUAAGGCUGUCGAAUGACAGAGUGGGGAGUAGGAAAAUAAAGGAAGGCACAGCAGACGCAGACGCCGACGAACUUCCGAGAAAUCACGCGAGGGGAUCAGUCAUGUCACUGAUGACACAGAAAAAGGCCAAAUCCACAGGAUCACGACUGGGUUGUAGGACAAAGGAAAGGAGCUUUGAGGCUAUAGAACUCGAGGUCGAGGAGCUGAGAGCCAAGGUUUCGAAGAAGAGAGCAGAACUAAAACGCAUGAAGCAGCAGCAAACCCAAGUGAAAGCCCAACAGGAAGAGAUGAAAUCUGAACACGCCGUAAAGUUCGAGGAGAACAGGCGGAACUUUGAGAAGAACUUCUACGAACGACUCUAUGUUGACGCCAUGGCGAUUGCCUUGGUAUAUGGUGGAGCCUGAUUACUGUCUGCAAACCUGAUGUAUAGUGACUGCUUGAGCAGUCUUCCGUCAGAUUUGUUUCGUUUUGUUUAAACUGUUUAUGGGUCUAAACAAGGUUUUGAAAACCGGACCGGUCCUUGAACCGAAAAACCUUCCAAUUCACGGUUUAAAUGAUAAACCGAGAUCAAAACGGGGUUUGACCAACCGGUUCUGUCAAAUUCAUUGGACCAGAUAAGUACCCAAUCAUCGGUUGAACCAAUUUGAUCGGUCGGUCCGGUCCGGUUUUCAAAACCCUAGUCUAAACUCCUUGUCUUUUUAAAAAGAGAGAUUGUGUCUAUUUAAAUAAAAUUAGAGAUUUACUUUGUUUAAUUCGUGGUGGUGGAUUCAUCUGGUAGAAACUGUCUUUAUUGUAUCAAAGUCGCUUUGUACUAUCACGCUCUGCAUCAAAACCCUAACCUACGUGUUUGUGUCUUUUUGGUGUGUAAUUUUUUUCUCUUGAUUAGUGUGAGUGUCUUUUUGUAGCAGGAUUGGAAACUAACUUACAAAUAAAAGGCUAAGGUUGAUGAUGCGAUUUAGUCCGUCGCUUUGAUUACGCCACUAAAUUUUUGUCAUUUUGGUCUCUAUUAUAGUAUUAUCCAAGAAGCUUGUGGUUUUUGUCCUAAA